CUGCGGAGGCUGCCUCCAGCCAGAGCUGGCGAGCCUCAGUCCGCACUGCGGCCCAGCGCCAGCAUGGAUGGGGUGCACGUGUGGGCCCGCACCUUGGCCCAGCUGAUGGCCAAGAGUAAACCGCAGGACACCUGGGAGCUGGUCCCCGACGAGAACCUGGCCUUUGGGCAUGUGGACGGCGGCGGUUUCCAGUACCGGCUGAGGGGGCUUUCGAGGCUCCAGUGCGGCCGCUGCCAGUGGGGCUGGUCCUCAGCACACGUGCACGUCCUCUUCCACAUGUGGUGGGACGAGGACAGCCACUUGGGGCUGGUGAAGAUGCGCGUGUGGGGCCAGGGCUGCCAGGCGUGUCCGCGGGACGCCCAGGGAGACUGCCAGGUGAGCCUCCUGAACGUGCGGCUCUUCCUGCACAAACUAGUCCUGUUCGUCUUGCAUAACUGCUACCGUGAGGGUCUCAGCUCUGACCAGUGCCCAGAGAUCUGCUUUGGGGACCAGUGCGAGGCCUGCGAGCUGGGGGUCUGCUUCUUCCAGAAGCCCCCAGACCCUGCCUGGGGGCCGGAAGUCAGGAGCUGCAGCCCUAGCCAGGACGCUCUGUGCGGCAGUGGCCCUGUGGUCCACCGCGCCCGGGGCCGCACCCCCAGCUGCAGCGCCAUGCCCUCUGUCAUGCCUGAUGUCAUCAGAAGCCCCCUCUCUGAGAGCAACCAGUUCUUCAGUGAGGACAUCGACAUUGUCACCGUCCCCUUCUCCCUCGUGCGCACGCGCAGGGACAGGGGCCGUGUGUGCCCUGGACAGGGUCCCCGGGGGCCGCUUAUCAUUGACAGGGGCUCCAUCUACCUGCCCCCCAGCGUCACAGCUAUGUCCGUGGGCAGGGGCGUCCUGGUGAACAUCAAGGCCCCCAUCCUCCAUGGCAAAGGCCGCCUGCUCAGCAGUAUCAAGCCCUUCCAGGUCACAGGCUUCAUCUACAAGGGCCGCGGCUCUGUGUCCUGCCCUCCCGGCAAGCACAGGAAGGGUCUGGGCGCUGUCCCCAGCAGCAGCGGCCGGCCAGCUGGAGAGGACGUCCUGCCGGUGUCCUAUAUUAUCGGCCUCACAGAGGAUGGCGACGGCUCCCUCACCUUCCCCUCGUCCUUGGCCCACGUCAUCCCAGGCCCGGGCUACCCCCCUGACGUCAGCGGCUCCCUCACCUUCCCCUUCGUCUUCACCAACGGGUCCUGGGGACAGGGCGGCAGCGGCCUCGUCCGCGUGGGUCCAGAGCCCGGCCCCAGCUCCGCGAGCAAGGGCUCCCUGACCAUCCCCCUGUCGGUGCUCAGCGUCAUAAAGCGCGGGGGCCUGCACGGCAGCGGCUGCUGCAGGAGCAGGAGGCACAGGCACCACAGGCGCCACAGGGAGCCGGGCUCCUGCUGGGGGCCGUACUUCGACCCCUACGAAGAGGUCUGGAUCUGGGUGUGCAUGGCGGCCUUCAUCCUCUGGGUGAUAUACCUGUGUACCUUCAGCCCCGACAACCGCCAGCAGCGACUGUGAGGGCGCCGCCGCCCUCUGCUGUCCCCUCUGGCACGUGGCCUGCCUGUCCCCUCCCUCCCUGCGCUGAGGCCUCGGCGUCCACCUCCCCUUCUGUGUCCGCCCUCCUGCCGAGGCUCCGCGGACGUCCACGUGAACUUGUUCCCUUAGCUGUCCCGGUGCUCAGGCGUGUUUGUGUGUGUGUGUGUUCCACGCCAAUAAAGUAAAAGUUACAAAGAGAAAACCGUCCAGAGCUCCUGGGCUGAGCUGAAGCCAUCGCCUGAGAGCAGGCUGCGCACAUACAGGUGGGAGGGUGGCAGGGACCUGGUGGCCCUGCGGGGACCGUCACGCCAGCACGUCUUCCCCUGGUCGGCUUCUGCGUCCUGCGUGUGUGAUGGGACAGGAAGCCCAGGCCGCCCCCGGCCGCCCGUGGGGUUUUCGGGAACAGGCCACCUGCCACCUGCCACCUGCCACCUGCGACGCUCCUGCCCCAGCAGAUCGCAGCGUGGGGGUGGGAACUCCAGCCUGGGGGUCCUUCCGAUUGGGGGGACCGAAGACAGUUGGCACCUGGGCGGG